ACGAAAGGGCUCCCCGAACUUUUUCUUUCCAGCUAGGUCAAACGGGGGCUCGGCGAUGAUUGGCCAGGACUCAUCACUGCUAGCCUGUCAAUCACGAGGCCUGCGGGUGGCGAGGGGCGGACCGAGCCCCAACCCCCGGGGAUCGAGCAGGUAUAUAAAGGGGCCUGGCAAGCGCCCGGCCAGCCUGCGAAUGCGACCGGCUCGAGAUAACGCAUCAGGUGCGAUCAGCCUGCGGGUUCCCGCUGACUCGGAGCAGAGCGCUCCGGCAAGCCUGCCCUUCUCGCCCGACCAGCCGGCCUGCCGGCCCCCCAGCGCCCCUCCGACGGAGUCCCCGGGCCUUUUCACCGUGGCCGCUCCAGCCCCGGGAGCGCCUUCUCCUCCCGCCACGCUGGCGCACCUUCUUCCCGCCCCGGCGAUGUACAGCUUGCUGGAGACGGAGCUCAAGAACCAGGUGGGGCCGCCCACCCCAGCAGCCGGCACCGGGGGCCCGGCAGCCCCCGGCGCCUCAGGCAAGAGCGGCUCGAACGCAGCCAGCGGCGCGAACGCAGGCGGCGGCGGCGGCGGCGGCACGAGCAGCACCAGCGGCGGCGGCGGCGGGGGCAGCGAUCAGGACCGGGUGAAGCGACCCAUGAACGCCUUCAUGGUUUGGUCCCGCGGGCAGCGGCGCAAGAUGGCCUUGGAGAACCCCAAGAUGCACAACUCGGAGAUCAGCAAACGUUUGGGCGCCGACUGGAAACUGCUGACCGACGCCGAGAAGCGGCCGUUCAUCGACGAGGCCAAGCGGCUGCGCGCCGUGCACAUGAAGGAGUACCCGGACUACAAGUAUCGGCCGCGCCGCAAGACUAAGACGCUGCUCAAGAAGGACAAGUACUCGCUGCCCGGGGGCCUGCUACCCCCCGGCGCAGCUGCCGCCGCCGCAGCAGCAGCCGCGGCCGCCGCCGCCAGCAGCCCAGUGGGCGUGGGCCAGCGCCUGGACACGUACACGCACGUGAACGGCUGGGCCAACGGCGCGUACUCGCUGGUGCAGGAGCAGCUGGGCUACGCGCAGCCCCCGAGCAUGAGCAGCCCGCCGCCGCCGCCCGCACUGCCGCAGAUGCACCGCUACGACAUGGCCGGCCUGCAGUACGGCCCCAUGAUGCCGCCCGGCGCUCAGAGCUACAUGAACGCCGCGGCCGCCGCCGCCGCCGCCUCGGGCUACGGGGGCAUGGCGCCCUCCGCCGCCGCCGCCGCGGCCGCCGCCUACGGGCAGCAGCCCGCCACCGCCGCCGCAGCCGCGGCCGCGGCCGCCGCCAUGAGCCUGGGCCCCAUGGGCUCGGUGGUGAAGUCGGAGCCCAGCUCGCCACCACCCGCCAUCGCGUCGCACUCGCAGCGCGCGUGCCUCGGCGACCUGCGCGACAUGAUCAGCAUGUACCUGCCGCCCGGGGGCGACGCGGCCGACGCCGCCUCUCCGCUGCCCGGCAGCCGCCUGCACGGCGUGCACCAGCACUACCAGGGCGCCGGGACUGCGGUCAACGGAACGGUGCCGCUCACCCACAUCUGAGCCCCGCGGCCCGCGCUCGCGCGCCGCCUCCGCCCCCACCCCGCCCCGCACCCCCAAGUUGGGACGCCUUGUUGUUUAGCUUUUGCUUGCCUGGGACUGUUGUUGCCUUGGACCGGAGAUGGAGAGGACACACAAAACUUUUGC